GGUGCGGGGGGACGGAAGUGGCCAUCCCCGGCUGUUACGGUGGGCGCUCCAGCCGAGGAGAUGCUCCGGGCAGCCGAGUAGAGGGAGUCGGAGGACGGGGUCGCGAGAGGGGCGCGGUGCGGACCAUGAGCUACGCCAGGCACUGGGGGGAAUGGUUCCUGAACCUGCGGGUGCCCCCCGCCGGGGUGUUCGCCGUGGCCUUCCUGGCCCGGGUCGCCCUGGUGUUCUACGGCGUCUUCCAGGACCGGACUCUGCUCGUGAGGUACACCGACAUAGACUACCACGUGUUCACGGACGCCGCGCGUUUCGUCACCGAAGGGCGCUCCCCUUACCUGAGGGCGACGUAUCGCUACACCCCGCUCCUGAGUUGGCUCCUCACCCCCAACAUCUACCUCAGCGAACUCUUCGGCAAGUUUCUCUUCAUCAGCUGCGAUCUCCUCACCGCCUUCCUCCUAUACCGCCUCCUGCUGCUCAAGGGGCUGGGGCGCCGCCAGGCCUGUGGCUACUGCGUCUUCUGGCUGCUGAACCCCUUACCCAUGGCGGUGUCCAGCCGAGGCAACGCGGACUCCAUCGUCGCCUCCCUGGUGCUUACGGCCCUGUACUUGAUAGAGAAACGACUCAUCGCGUGUGCCGGGCUCGUCUACGGGGUCGCGGUACACAUGAAGAUCUACCCGGUGACCUACAUCUUCUCCAUAGCGCUCCACUUGCGGCCCGAGCGUGACAGUGACGAGGGUCUCCGGCAAGCCCGGUACUCCUUCCAGGCUCGUCUGUAUGACUUCUUGAAGAGGCUGUGUAGCUGGGCCGUGCUGCUCUUCGUAGCAGUUGCAGGACUCACGUUUUUUGCCCUGAGCCUCGGCUUUUACUAUAAAUACGGUUGGGAGUUUUUGGAGCACACCUAUCUUUAUCACCUGACCAGGAGGGAUAUCCGCCAUAACUUCUCACCGUACUUCUACAUGCUGUACUUGACUGCAGAGAGCAAGUGGAGUUUUACCCUGGGCCUGGCUGCGUUCCUGCCACAGUUCAUCUUGCUUUUAGCUGUGUCUUUUGCCUAUUACAGAGAUCUUGUCUUUUGUUGUUUUCUUCAUACGUCCAUUUUUGUGACUUUUAACAAAGUCUGCACCUCUCAGUACUUUCUUUGGUACCUCUGCCUUCUGCCUCUGGUGAUGCCACUAGUGAGAAUGUCUUGGGAAAGAGCCAUAGUCCUCUUACUGCUCUGGUUCAUAGGGCAGGCCUUAUGGCUGGCUCCUGCGUAUGUGCUAGAGUUUCAAGGAACGAACACCUUCCUGUUUAUUUGGUUAGCCGGUUUGUUCUUCCUUCUGAUCAACUGUUCCAUACUGAUUCAGAUUAUUUCCCAUUAUAAGGAAGACCGCCUAACAGAGAGAAUCAAAUACGACUGAUGAGUCUUCUACGCCUUCGGCAACCUUCUGGAACAUUCUGAUUAUUUUGUGUGGACUAGAAAAGCUUUGGAAUUUUUUUUUCCUCCCUGAACAUUUUAAGCGCACUACUGAAAGUUCCCUUGUUCCAAAAGAAAUUAAAACCAGUGUUGGCCUUAUAUAUAAAGGGGCUCCAAUAAUUGAGGCCCACACUUUAGAAAAUUUUAGUACUCAGUUUUGUAAUGAAAAGUAAAGAUUUCUUGUUUGACAGUUGGAAAGCUGAUGAAACUAGAAGAUGCUAAAAUAUUUUUCUACAGUAGAGAAAUAGAUAUUAGGUCUCCAGCAGUGUUUGUUCCUGUUACACGGGGCCAUUGCUUCAGCCCCUGCCUUUUGUUUCUGACAGUUGUGAAAAUUUACAAUGUUCACAAAGUACAACAUUUUUACAUAUAAAGUAUUAACACUUUCGUUGCUUAGUUGGGAAAGUUUAUAUUUUGUAUUAAAUGUGGGGUCUUAGAAGAGGACUAAUUCAAAAAAUUUAAAUUGUGAUCAUGUAUUUCUCUUUUUGUAAUUUAGUAUCAGCAGUAUUUUAUACAAAAAGAUUAAAUUUAAACUCAUCCAUCUUUAGAUCUGAGUUUUUAAAAAAUAAAUCAAACACUAUUAUCCCUUUUUUUAAUUGCUGGAAAGAUUUUCCAUCUAGAAUUUAAGCAGAAUAUUAUUGUCUUGUAAAAGUAAUAGAAUUUAGAUGAUAAAUCUUAAGUUUUGGAUAAAACUUCAUUUGCUCUAAUCUGGUUUUAUCACUUAAAUUGUUACAUUGUUGAUAAGGCAUCUCCUAGCUUAAAUCCUACACUGAAAAUACUUGAAAUACUAGAAAAGACUUGAGGGAGACUCCUGUAAAGCAUAAAUGGCAUCCUUAGGACUCACUGGUCUAGAUCAUCAAGAGGUUGCAAGGGAUUUGAAGAAUUCCAGAAAUGAGGCUUCAGUGAGCAGGCCCUAUACUAUACUAUUCCUUGGGGUGGGGGUGGGGGUUCGGGUUCUCAAUUGUAUGAAUAAGUAUCCUAAAGUAUUUUUGGAAAAGACAGCCCAUCUAAGUUGAGAGUGUCCUAACAUUCAAAGAUGAGUAGCAGUAGAUCACUAUGAUUUUGAGGUCAUGAUUUGGAAAACAAAAACAAAUUGUUUUUCCAGAGUUAACCACAACAAAAAAACUCCUGAAAACAAAUACUACUCCAGAAUUUUUUUUUUUUCCCCUCUCAAGGCAAGCCUAAAAAGCCUUUGAGGAUAAAAUAUUUAUAGGCUGAUCAUAAUUAAAAAUUCUAUUACUGGCAGCAUUUCUUUGCUGGAUUCCUUUUGGGAUUUGGCCUUAGAAAGAAUAGGUGGCUUUUCUGUGGCUGGCUGUGUGUAAGAAAAGUGGUCAGUUGUAGAAAACAAUAACAUCUAAAAUGUCAGUCCUAUAUUCAUUAGCUCAUAACUUAACAGCUCCUUUCUUAAGACAGUUUAAGUAGUGGCUUUCAAAUUAUGGCACGUGAACCUUUUACAAUCAUACAGUUACAGGGAUUGAAACCUUCAGCGUUCUAGGCAGAGCACUCUGCCACUGAGCAAUGUGUCUGGCCUCACGUAAAAAAUUGAGGAAGGAAAAUAUACUUUGUGUGUUUGUGUACAUCGGACUUCUUUUGUUGUUGGUCUUUUACACAGUCUUGGUUCAGGCUGGCCUCAAACUUAGCUCGCAGCCUAAGAUAACUUUGAACUCCUGAUCUGUCUCAUGCCUCUACUUCCCAAGAGCUGAGAUCACAGUUCUGUGCUUAACUCAGGAAUUCUUUAUCAAAAAACCCUGAGACAGGGUUUAGUGUAGCCAUGGCUAUCCUGGAACUUACUCUGUAGAACAGGCUGGCCUCAAACUCACAGAUCUGCCUCUGCCACUGCUUCCCAAGUGCUGGGAUUAGUGGUGUAUACCAUCACUGCCCAGCCUUUGUGUUUCUUAAGAAGCAGAAGAUAUUUUGCAGUUUAUCUGCUGCAAAACAUUUUUUUUUUUAUUUCAUUUAUGUGUAUGGGUGUUUUGCCUGUAUUUCUGUGCACCAUGUGCAUUCCUAGUGCCCAAGAAUUCAAUUAGGGCAUUGAAUUUCCUAGAACUAGAGUUACAGAUGGUUUUGAGCCGUCAGGUUGUGCUAGGAAUUGAACCUUAGUCCUCUCGAAGAGCAACCAGUAUUCUUAAGCACUGAGCCAACUCUCAACCCCAUGCUGCAAAACAUUUAACAAGUUAAAUGGAGAAAUUACUUGGUUUGGUCUCUUGGGUUUGACUUUUGCUUUGCAGCGUUUUUAAUUUGUAUUUGGGGAAGAGGCACGCAUACCACAGCCUGUGUAUGGAAGUCAGAUGCACCUGUAGACAUCAGAGGACAAUUUGUGGUAGUCCGUUUUCCUCUUUCCACGGUGCUGACCCUGGGUAUCAGAUUUGGGUUAUUAGUCUUGGCAGCAGAUACCUUUUCACACCAAGCCAUCUGAUUGCUUUGGCUUCCUUUCGUUCAUGUUACCUUUUGUUUCCUUAUUAGUCCUUGAAUAGUACUGUAAGUUUGUGUAGCUCUCUGACUUAUUUUCUCCGUAAUUCUUUUGUUCUUAUUCUACCUGCAUCAUCUUUAUGUCACUGUAGCAGAUGUGUAAAUCAACUUACAGAGAGAAAAGGUUUAUUUGGAGACAUGGAUUUAGAAGUUUCACUUUGAGAUUGGUUGGCCCUGUUUCAUUAGGCCUGUGAUGAGGUAGCAUAUUGUGGCAGAGAGCACACAGUAAGAACAAACAACCGCAUUGCGGGUGCAGAAGACUCGAAGGAGGGAUAUGGGCCUCCCAGUUCCAAGCCUUAAAACGCCCCCGAUGGCUGGACCUGAAGUUUCCACAGGUUCCCAGCAGUGCCGCUGGCAAGGGAGGAAGCUAUUAACACCUGGGCUGUUGUGGGAAAAACUCAGGUCCACAGUACAGCAUCAGCCGUGUAAGACAGACCAAUUUGCAGGCAAGCAUUAUUGAGUGUCAAUCAAGAUAGGUUGUGGGAUAAACAGCACUGUGUGUUUUCUUCUCUAACUGCUUUUCUGAUGUCUCCAAAAUGUCCUUAAAGGCCUCAAGUUAAAUUCCCUGUAAUAGGAUCAUUAUUGUCUGUUUUGUUUUUUAGUUGUAAGAUAUAGGGUCUCAUAGAGCCCAGGCUGGUCCCAAACCUGCUAUAUAACAGGGGCUGGCCUUGAACUUGCAUCUCUUGAAUCUACCUCUCAGGUGCAGGGAUUAACAGGUGUGCUGGAUAACACCUGGUUUGGAUUAGGGUCUUUGGAAAAGCUGUGACAAUCAUCCAGGAAUGUGCAACUCAGUAAAGAAAAACCAUAGAUCUCAGUUACUGACUUCCCGCUGUCUGGAUUUUGUAAUAUGAUGUUUCAUAUGUUGUAUAAAACUUGUCCUUUGGUUAAUUUAUGGCUGAAUAUAUUAUUUUUUUAACGUCA